UCAUCGUCUUCACAUCUUGGAGCCACCAAAGAAUCACACGUCUACACUAAAAAGGUUAGUCAAGGAAACUAUUGAGUAGUAAUUUCUUCCCCAUUUUCUCUGAUUUCCCCAUCUCUACUUAUCACCAUGUAAGAAGUACUUUUCUUUUUCUCUUUGUCUUUAACUUUCUUACUUCCUUUCCUAUUCCAUGUAAAUAGCCACCAUCAUCUUUUGUUUUCUCUUUAUCAAACCCUUACGAAAAAAAAAAAAAAGAAAUAGAUGGCUUCCUCAAAAGACCCUAUUCAGGAGAUAGUUCUAGGGUUUCUAAGAAACAAGAAGUUGAACAAGUAAUGUGGAUGAACUUUGAGCGGAAAGCAAUUAGAUAGUAUGAAAUAAAACUCUCACCAACUGAUGGAGAAAGGGCGUGUGAAAUUUUGCACAAUAUUAAAUUUCAUGGUUGGAAACAUUUUGUGGAACAUCCAGGGGAGUAUGAUAGAGAUAUCGUCAAUGAAUUCUAUGCUUACAUCAACAAAGACGGGAAAAUCUCGAUGGUGCAAGGGAAGCUCUGAAAGCUAUUUGGCCAAAUGGUGUAAGGAUCAAUACAGGGUCACCAAGGAAACCUUUGCACAUUUCUAGUUCUUGUAUGCUCGAAAUGGCACGAGCCUGGGGAAAAUUUGUAAGUUCUCGCCUACUCCCUUAUCUGAACACCUCAAAUUAUAAUCGGAAAAGGGUGAUGUCGAUAUAUGCUAUUCAGAAACAUCGACCAAUCAAUGUUGGAAGAAUAAUUUAUGAAUCAAUGAUCAAGUGUCGUUUCUAUCAUAAAGAAUGUUUGUAUUUCCCGACUACAAUCACUCGCUUAGCGAGAUUGUUUAGUGUACCAAUGAAUAAUUUGGAGAGAACGAGAAAUACUUACAUUGCUGGAAAAAAAUAUUUAAAUAGCUUGCAACCGCCCCAUGGUCCGGAUUUGAGUUUGUAUAAAAAUGAUGUUUCAGCAAGUCCGGCAUUGAGCAUGGCAGAGAAAGCAGAAAGAUUAAAUGUGGGUACGUCCUCUUUUCCAAUUUCGACCGAUAUUCUAGUUUGCAUCCAACAGGUGUUACAAGAACAAGUUGCAAUGAGAAAAAAAAAAUGGGAUUCCUUUGCAAAUGAGCAAGCAAAUAGAGAAGCAGUGAUGAGCUCGUAUAUAGCACAUAUUAUGUCAGAGUUGGCGGAAGCUAAACUUGAUCGAAAUAUUAUACGUCAAACUUUACAAAAUCAUGUUGCUGUCACAUCUCCAACCGUCUAUACAAUGGAGAAAUUCUUGGGGAAUUUUUAUAAUGUUGCCCAGUGUUUUAACAAUCAGAAUUUUCAGCCACAUGCAUUCAUAAAUCUGGGCAGGAACAAUCUUACUAAUGCAGAUACUAAUUGGUGUCACACUCCAGAACUUUCAACGACAUUGCCAGCACCAACGAUGCUGGAUUUGAUGCCAUUUAGUAACCGAUCUUUCUUUCCCGAUGUAAGUACAACUUUUGGAAUUGCUACUUCCGACAGUUCUAUGGAUUUCCUCUCUGAAGGACCAUCGGUUAAUGUUCCACAUUUGGCAAAAAAAUAAUUUUGAUGCGGAUUUUUUUUUUUUUUUUUUUUGG